AUGAAGGCUGUUGGGUGUGUUUUGGUGAUUCUACUGUUUCAACAGGCGAGCUGCGGAAUCGUGAGAAAUCCACCGAGUUUUGCGAAGCCAGUGUACUCGAACUCUUAUCUUCCAGCAGCCAUGCAGGUAAUAUUCCACGCAGUUGAUCAGCUGAAACUCCUCCAAUCAGAGGAAACUUCACAGAGCUCCACUACCAUGAGAAUCUCAUUGACUUCUCCAAUUACCCAUAUGGCUCAAAAUCAACCAUCGACUAUUCAGUACUCCUCAACCACAACUACAUCAGCAACACUCUCAGACAAAGCUAAAGAUGAAGAGAAAGAAAGAAAUAAAGCGGAGGAAGCAUCCACAGAUAAGAUAGAAGAAGCAUCCACAGAUAAAACAGAAGAGUCGUCGAAAAACAAAGUAGAGGAAUCCUUCAAGGAUCAACUUCAGUAUCCGUCAGAAGAAAAAAUCGAAGAAACGAAGGUGCAAGACUCGUCAGAGGACAAAAUAUUCAAGAUAGACGAACGAUUAGACGACAAAAUGGAGGGACAAGAAACGCAAGAAGCAUUGGAAGACAAACUAGAGGAGUCGGAAGACAAGAUAGAAGAAACGUCGAAGUUGGAGAAAAUUGGCGAAGAAUCCAAUUCCCAAGUGCAUCAAGAAUCGCCAGAGGUGAAUGAAGAGACGCCAGAAACAAACUACGCUACGCCGGAGAUGAAUUACGAGAUGGCGGAAGACGUGCACGCUGUGCAAGAAACAAACGAAGAAGUCCCCGAAGAGAAUCAAGAAUGGAUCCCGUCUCAUGGUAACGUGGAAACGGGGUCAGAAAUCGUGACAGCCAUGGGUAAACCCACAGAUUCGUCUGUGAAUCGAGAAUCGAUGGAUGAAAACGAAGAGAAGAAGAAGGAACCAACUAUCGACAGCGUGGUCCAGGAUGUCUACGAGAUCCUGAAACCUACUCCGUCUAAAUUCGUGGAUCAGGAUGUGACGGAGGUUUCUGGAGAGUCGAAGAACGUACUGGGAGUCCCCGUGGACAAGACAGAGAACGUGGAGGAUGAAGACGACGAGACCAGGUUCACGCGUUUAGGUGAGAAGGUGACGCAAGUGCCAAGGCCAAGCCUGUCCAGUUACCUGAGGCGUUCGAAGGUGCCGCCAAGCGCCACUCUUCAACAAUUGGCCAGCCUGUACGACUCGUUGAGCAAAGACGCGAGGAAACAGGGAUUCGGUAAAUACACCGGAUACUCCGACGAAGUUCUGAAUACAUUGGAAACUUCCGCCGAGGGUGGAGUCGGGCCUCAACUGAUGAAGAUCCUCACCAAGAUGCUGGAAAGAAACGAGCUGACUAGGGACGACGCGAAAACGAGAUCCUCACAGGCUAUUCGGGACCUCGACAAUUCUUCCAGCAUACUCAGCAAGGAACUUAGACCACUGUUGCCUUUGCGUUACACGUCAUAA